GCCAGACGAUCGCUGUGCAUAUCGCAGGUGUGAGCAGGUCCGUGGCGGCGGUCUGCAGAGCGACGAUGACAAUUAUUUGUUGGAAACUUAGUGGUGAUGUCGACAGCGAAGCUGAAUCGCCCCCGUGGUCACCAGUAGCGAAGAGGCACUACAAUAGCUGUGGGCGAGUACAUUAGGCGACGAACUGCCUUACGGCGUUACGUGCCGUUCAGCUCUCAUGAGUCUGACGCAGUCUCGGAAGCGCAGUUGACGAUCAAAUGUAUCACUGCCAGAAUCGAAUGAGUAUGCAAGUGCAACGCCGCCCAGGGCAUUGUGGAGCUUUCCAGGAAGAACUUGGUCCAUGACUUGAAACUGAUGUCGUUGACAUGCUCAAUGGCACGACCCAGUCAACACGUCUCGUACCUGCAGCAAGUGUUACCGCCGCUCGUCCCGGGCGGGUGCAUCAGGCCCCAACAGCAACAAUGAUGGCCUCUUCAGGACUUUUCUUCGGUAUCCUGAUGGGCUGCUUGCUUCUCUUCAGUCCCCUGUUGCUGAUUGGCUGCAAUGGUCAACCUGUCGGUUUAAAUGCAGAUGGUACAGGACAGCACGCACCAUUCAUAGUGACAUUUGGUGAUGGACAACCUACAGCCGAUGUUACCAGUUACUUACCUUUGUGCGUGGUGGGCAGUGGAUCAGGGCCAUGGAUUCGACUAGAGAAGACUGAUGGUAGUAUAGUGUUGGCUGAAACAGGUGCCUUCUCAGGAGGUACUCUAUUAUUUGUGAACAGCACAGCACAUCCUAUCCUGGACACGUCAUACACUGGCCUGUACCAUUGCAGAACAGUGGAUCACAACUCUAGCCAUACAUAUCAACUCAACAUUGUAGCUAAACAAGUCCGGUCAGCGUUCCCCACAUCCCAGCGACUAAUUUCGCGUGAUGCCAGUAGUACGAUACCGUGCAUGUCGAGUGGUAGUUCAAAUCUGAACACUUCGUGGACAUCAACACCAGCGCUGGACAUGCCGGUUAUCCGGACGACGAACCUUCCGAAGAUCGUGCAUUCCGUUUUCACCUUCCAGCUGAAUGAUCAAACGAUUGUGAGGGAACUGAACGAUCUUGAUACAUCACGUGUUACUCUCAAUGUAACGUGUACGACGUGGUACACGGAAGGUGACUGCACUGGAAUAGGGUCAACCCCUCCGCGUCCACAGCGUGUGACCGAAAGAUGUAUUCAUGCUUCUCGGCCAAUAUCCUCAACUGUCUCGGUCACUGUCGAAGAAGAACAGUGUCCUGAUCUAGUGUCUGCCCACUUCAACUACAAGCCAAUAGCAGGUUUCAGCAGGGCGAUUGGUGCGCAGAUAUCUAUACUCUGCCAAGCGGGAUAUCUUCCGAGCAACGGUCUGCCUAUCACCAACUCUACGUGCCAGAUUGGCGGAGUGUGGUACCCAAGUCCACCAGGAUGUGAAAAAGUCUCUCCUACAAAUCCUGAUACUGACGCAACGCCUCAAUCAGGAACAUCAGCGGUCCAGAUUGCACAAGAGACAGCGAUGUCAAGCGUGACGGUGCGCUCUGCCUCACCCGUAUAUUCGUCAACGACUGAUGAUUCUGCAGAGGAAGGCGUGCAGUCUGCAACAGUCGUUGGCGUUGGGAUUGCAUUCGGUGUCGUGGUAUUUGCCCUGUCAAUGGUCUUCAUCUUUGCACUGAGGAGGCAUUGCAGGGAACCUUUGGAACCUCUGGAAGCCAAUGUGGCAAGCAGCAGUCCGCCAGCAGCCACUAGUCCGCCAGCAGCCAGCAGUUUGCCAGCAGACAACUGUGCAGUGGAUGACACUACGCCAACUCCGGAACGAACGAUCGAAUACUGCCAGGUGGAGUUGUUGCCCAGAGGUGAUGCUUCCCGUGCUUCAGCCACACCGACAAGGAGCAGAGUUGAUUACUCCAUGGUACUAGGUGUGCAUGAGGGGAGCACAUGGAUUUGAGAUCCCAACAGCAUUGAUGUGGCCUCGGGCAAGCAUGUCAUAAACUAGGCCACGGUUCUUCUCGCUGACCUGCUCACCUGUACAAGACUUCUUCAUCGUAACUGGAAGGUUUACUGGUAUCGCCAUGCUGUCCUGUGUCUGUGCAUCAUGACUAUCAGCCUACGCACGCGCACACAAACACACACACACACACGAACACACACGCGCCUGCCUGCACCCACCCACACACCCUCGAACACACACGCACGCGCACACAUAAACAUGCAGGAACACACAUGUGCGCGCACGUACAUACACCCGCAUGCGGCCACAAACACCCACCCACGCGCGUGUUGCGUGCAAUUCUCCCCACUGUUAAUGUUGCUGUGCAUAAUUGAGCGCCGCAGCUUCCGAAGUACCUGUGCAAAUUCUUCGGCAGGUGAUGCUCAAUCCGCACGUAGUUCGACACACACCUGUAUGCCGCUCUCCUACUUUUUGGUACCAAAUGCAAAAUCCUAAAAAAAUUGCCCUUUGCUCGUGUUAAUAC